UGACCUGGCCAAGUCGAUUGCCGGGUCGGUUCUGAUACUAUGAGUUUUAAAUUGUAACAAUUACACAAACUUAUCAUGUAUCAUAUUCUGUUCAAACUUCAAAAAGAAGGAAAUAUAGGACACACUCCGAAAAUCACGAGUCAGUUGUCAAACAAAUAAAAGUAAUGCAUCUCUCUUAAAGGCCUUUCAACAUUACAUGCACGGCAAAACCAAUGCCAGAAACCUUGUCAGAUAGCAAUUUUCUAUAUAAACUAUGAUGAGGUUUCAUCUGUUUAUGUUUUGCAUCAGAUACUGUUGAGUCCGAAGCAGAUUGGGAACAACAAGGAAGCCUAAAUGGAAGCUUAUGUGGCAAUAUUAGCAAAGAUAACUUAUCUUGUUGCCCUGCUUUUUCUGGUAAUAGGGUUGUGCACCCCAAUUGUUGUUGAGGCCAAACAUGUGAGCAUCAAGAACAGGCUAGGAUCUGGGAAGAACAUGACCCUGCAUUGUAAAUCCAAAGAUACUGAUCUGGGUGAGCAUAGUAUAGCAUAUGGGGAUGAGUUUGGGUGGGACUUCCAUGACGACGUUGUCGGAACCACACUCUUUUACUGUGAUUUGGAGUGGGAGAGAGUUCAGGAGUACCAUUUUGAUGCCUAUGACUUCCACAGGGACUUUGUCCGAUGCGGCGGUGAUGGAUGUUCAUGGCUGAUAUCUGCUGAAGGCAUGUAUGGUUCAAAUAGUCAAACAGGGCUCUGGGAAUUCAUGUACUAUUGGCCAAACUGACAUGAUUCUUCUUCAGUAGUUCAGUGUUGGAUAUCAUAUAUUACAAGUAUCCUAUGACUAUAAUGAUGAAUUAAUAAUACCAUUCUCUUCUUGCAUUUGCAGCUUUUAUUUAUUUUUGGGUACAAUGAUUGAUUGAUUGAUUAUCACCCUUAACACCACCACCUCCAGCAAUCCACCAAACCGUCAACCACCACCAAUACCCUUCGUCUUUACCUUUGAAUAGCUCCAUCAACACCUUUAGAGCCACCAUGGAUGAUGGACCC